AUGCCCAGAAGAUCAGGUAACAAACGAUUAAUGACAUACAAAGGGUGCGUUCAGCCCUCUUUGGAAUCAGCUCUUUGUCUCCUAACAUUCCUAUGCUGGACAUGCAAAAGACGCAAGGUCAAGUGCGAUGAGAAACCUACAAGGUGUGGCAAUUGUACCCGACUUCGACUCGACUGUGAGGGUUAUGGCGUCCGACUUCAUUGGAUCACGGACCCCUUCUCGACGAAUUCCGAAGCGUCUAGUUUACAAAGUCGAGGACGGAUGAACAUUGGAUUGGCUUGUCUAGACCCAGAACGUUACCCUGUGUAUCCCAUGAGUGACAUUGAUCGGUUCAUAGCUUCCAUUGAUCGCGAUUCUCAUGCCAAGAAAACCUCUCAGCAUGGACCAUUCAAUGUGUUACUCCUGCCGCUUAUCCAGAAGGAGUUUCAUGAUGAUUCGAAUACUAUAAUCGAGGUCGAACAUCCCAUAGAAGGAUCCCCUUACACAAGUUUAUCAGUGUCGUCCACAUCGCCUUCUUCUACCCCUGAUCGCGAACUAGAAGCAACAUUCCAGGCGGUGGUAGCCGACACAGGACAUACCCCAGAAGUAUUUCCACCAGAUUCACCAGUAUAUAACGUAUCAGAUGGGGAUCUUGGCCUUUUCCAGGGGGUCACUGGAGAAUAUCAGGAAGAGGAGAACGAUAAUCUCGAAAAGGAUGAAGAAAUUGGAGAGCAUGUGGAUGUUGAGAAUGUAACCUCUCCUCAGAAAUCAACCUUGUCAACGCUCUGCAGUGGAGGAUUCUCCACGUUCUGCUUGCAACGAUAUGUCGCCAGCAGCUUAUCCGGCGAUCCCGCAAUCGAUAUGCUUCUUCACCACUACAUUAUUAACCUGGCCGACCUUUUGCAAGCAGUCCGCCAUCCCCAAAACCCAUACCGUCAGCUCUACGCCCCUGCUGCGCUCGAGUCCGUAUCUGGUACAGCACUGUCCACAUCGGCUUCUUUCAGCCCCAAAUCAAUCAUCAAUACAGCUAUAUAUCAUUCUAUUCUAGCUGCAUCAGCAUUUCAUAUGUGGCAGAGCAACCCGCUACAGCGAGAGUUCCAUCGUGUCGCCUCACAGCACAGGCAGAAGGCCCUCUUUUUCCUCCAAACAGCUUUGGAUACCAUGAGACCAGGUGCUGAGUACAAGCUCCUGCUCAUCGCGAUGUUGUCUCUUGUAACUGUUGAUGUCAUGUCAGGUGCAGAGGCAGAUUUCGCAGUGCAUCUCCAUGCAACACUUCAACUACGCAGAUCACGACGGCACUGGAAAAUUGUGAGCCCGGCCACCCAGCAGUUAAACGAAAUCAGCGAAUUCUUGACUUUGCUUGCUCGAACAUUAUCGUUCCAGACAUCUUCGCCACUAUGGUGUGCGGACCACGGCGAUGGGAAGGGCAAUGAUAAUGAUGACCUCCCACUUGCUCAGGGCUCUAAUCCGUGUCUGGGAUACAUGUACGGAAUUACUCUAGCAAUAGCAAAUGCUAUUCAGGAAACUUGCAGGCUGGCAGAAAUUAUUGCCCGCAUCGAAGAAAGGCAAAGCGAGGUUUUGCCCGCAUGGCUUCGUCAAGCUUGUGAGGACCUAGGUGAUCUACUACUAUCAUGGACACUAGACGAGAUAGACGUCGAUUCGAUAGACGACGAGGAAAUGAGGGCCGUUUUUAAGCAUCACGCGCAUGCUUGGCACUAUGCGGCACUCAUCUAUUAUUGCCGUCGAGUGCAAAAAGUGCCAAGUAGCGAGUUGAGUGAAGAAGUAAGCAUUGUUGCGGAACAUAUGCAUGCUGUCGAGACCCUCAAAGCUACCUCACGGUCAGAGCAGGCUAACCGAAUGGCGCCUAUUACAUGGCCCGCGUUUAUAGCAUCUUGUGAUGCCACAAACAGGGACGUGUGGGUGGACUGGUGGGAGAGGGUAAAGCAUUAUAAGAUUGCGAACAUUCCACGCCAGUAUGACGUGGUAAGGGAACUAUGGGAAAGAAUUGAUAAAAAGACGCAGUCAGGGGAUGGUUACAUCGAUUGGAUUAUGGUAUAUAAGGAGUUGGACAUUACUCUUUUGCCAAUAUAA